UCUGAUUUGAGAAGUAGACUGCACGGAACUGAUUGAUGCAAGAAUGUCACAGCUUCAAUUCGCGCCGUUCUCUUCAGAUUUGCCACAGCGGCCCACGAUGCGUCGCAAGUCCUCUGCGCAGAAUCUCCUCUCGUCCUUCAAGAAUCCGGUCUCUGGCAAUUCAUCCGGUCCUACGCCGUUGAACACCGCCGUGGCUUCUUUUAGCUCGAUAGUAGCGGCCCCGACCUCGACGACAACGACACCUAUGGCGAGGGAAUGGGACGCUCAAUCCCUUCAUUCAGAGUCCAUAGGCGUCACGGCUACUGCGCUGAACCAAGGAACAUCUGUGGACCAGCUCCGGGAUCUCAUGCAAAAGAGAAUAAUUACAUUGACAUACGUGCGGAAUAUGCAUGAAGGGAGGAGUCACUGGUUUCACACUAUCUACAUAUCUAGAGCGGACUUGGAACGGGAAUUUAAUAACGAGGCCAUGAAGAAGAGGACGCAUCGGUUCGCUAUCCUGGGAAUGUCUCUUUCAAAUCUUCUCGAUAUAAAUCAGCCACAGGACCUGCUUCGAGGACUCAUUAACACUUUAAACGAAUACGACCAGUCAAAGGAAGACAGUGACAAGUCCAAAAUACGGCAGCCCAAGCGUCUCUUUCGACGGCAACCAGGGAAGCGACAGGGCAAUUUUGCGGAAUAUUCAGGAUCUGUUGUUGACGACGCGUCGUAUCUAAUGACGCCCCACAUACCGUAUCCUCUGGACUAUCAUCAGACGCUGCUCUCAUUGCUCGACGUGAUCUCGGAGGUGUAUAACAAGAUAUCCAAAAUUCUCGGCCCCUUACCCUUUUCUCACCCUUCGCAGCAAAUGACGGGGCCCUUAGGCCUCCUUUCACCGCAUCCAGGCGUGUCGUAUCUUUUCGCAUCGGAUAAUCCGACACACAGCGCAAACCCAUACGGUUCCGUCUUGACAAACGGUCAAUCCACCCCGAGCAUCAAUCAACCACAGCCGCAACUUGGAGAGGAGCCAAACGGGAGUCUCUGGGCAAUCGCCAAUGGCGGUUCCAUCGGAACAACGAUGAGUGGUGUGGGCAGUCCACCCCCUGGUGGCUGGACUCCCACUCUGGGAGAUAUGAUUCACAAGGUCGACGGCAAGUUCAAGAAAAUGACGUCAACACUAUUGAAGGAGCUGGAUAACCUCGCAAGGAAUGGAAUCAAGGAUGAGCUCGCCUCUCUGGAUCCGUUGCUAAGAAAUAUCAAGGUACCGGAAGAGCAUCGGGGGAUUGGGUAUGAUUUCGAAGGGAUGUGAUGGACAGGCGCA